CUGGAGCGAGCGUGCUCCGUCCCGGCGGGUGCAUCCGCGGAGCGCUUUUCCAGCGCCCCUGUGCCUUGAGCUCCAUCUGCGUACGAGCUCGGGAUCCGCCGCUUGCGCUCCCUCGCUCCGCCCCACCGCCUGCCUUUCCUAUCUAAGGGCUCCUCCAGGAGCAGAGCAGCGCCGAGCGCCGCUCUGGCUUCCUCUGCGCUUCGGAGGGAAUCUUUCGAUCGCCAACAGCUGCAACGGAUUCAUUUGGACCAGGGAGCCGAAAAGAGGCGCGCGCCCCCCCGAAUUGAAGCGUGCACCGGGGGAAGAAAGGAGAGAGCGAGCGAGUGAAACACUGAGACUCAGACCUCAUACCACUGACUCAAUCAAGAUGGCCUGUUCUUUUGCUUGAAGAAGAUUUCUUACCAGGCAGACAGUGACAGCAGUUGCAUCAUGGAUCAGGAUAACGAGUUGCCCAACACCACAGUCUUCUGGUUCCCCUCAACUUCUCAGUUCGACAGUUUCUCCCCAGAGACUCGGGCUACUAAUAUUUCCAUCAACAUCACAAGCCACCACUAUGACUUGACUAGCAAUGCCAUCCUCACCUUUAUUUACUUUGUGGUGUGCAUUGUGGGUCUCUGUGGAAAUACUCUAGUCAUCUACGUCAUCCUCCGCUAUGCCAAGAUGAAGACGAUCACCAAUAUCUACAUCCUUAAUUUGGCUAUAGCCGAUGAACUGUUUAUGUUGGGCUUGCCUUUCCUGGCUGUGCAGGUGGCUCUAGUUCACUGGCCUUUUGGGAAAGUCAUCUGCCGGAUCGUCAUGACAGUGGAUGGAAUCAAUCAGUUCACCAGCAUCUUUUGCCUCACAGUCAUGAGUAUGGAUAGGUAUCUUGCUGUAGUACACCCCAUAAAAUCUGCUAAAUGGAGGCGCCCAAGAACAGCAAAGAUGGUCAAUGUAGCUGUAUGGGGCAUCUCUCUUCUGGUCAUAUUGCCCAUCAUGAUAUAUGCUGGAGUGAUCAAUAAUCACGGAAACAGUAGUUGUACCAUGAUUUGGCCAGAUGAGUCUGGUGCUUGGUACGCUGGCUUCAUCAUUUAUGCCUUUAUUCUUGGCUUCCUAGUACCCCUAACCAUCAUUUGCCUUUGUUACCUUUUCAUCAUCAUCAAGGUGAAAUCAUCUGGCAUUAGGGUAGGUUCCUCCAAGAGGAAAAAGUCAGAGAAAAAGGUCACCAGGAUGGUCUCCAUUGUUGUUGCUGUUUUCAUCUUUUGCUGGCUGCCUUUCUAUAUCUUCAAUGUCUCAUCAGUCUCGGUGUUUAUUGUGCCAACACCUGCCCUCAAGGGCAUGUUUGAUUUUGUGGUGGUCCUCACAUAUGCAAAUAGCUGUGCCAAUCCCAUCCUUUAUGCCUUUCUGUCUGACAACUUCAAGAAGAGCUUCCAGAAUGUCCUCUGCCUGAUGAAAGUUGGUGGCAUGGACGAAACGGACAGGAGUGACAGCAAGCAGGAUAAGUCCAGGCUCAAUGAAGCGACAGAAACCCAGAGAACAUUGCUCAAUGGAGACCUUCAGACAAGCAUCUGAGACCCCAGCAGUGGUCGGUACAUCUCCAUAACUUCUUCAUGGAAGGCAGCAGUCCACAUUGAAUGACAGCAAGAGCCAUUGACCCUUCUCUUAAGGGAGCAGCAAAUGUAUGUGAUGAAAAGGGCAUCGAUGUCCAUCACAGCUCUAGGCUAGGUUAUGAAGAUACUAAUCAAAAGAAGAAGUAUAUUGUGGGGUGACAGACUAGACAUACACAUUGGUAUGUGCACAAUAAUACAUGCAUGUAUAAAGGCAUGAUGUGAUCAAGCAUAAUAAGAAUGUUUAUACUAGAUCCAUCAAAGAAUGUCUAUAUUAGAUCCAUCAAACUGUGCUGUCUUUAAAAAAAAUACCUUUACUGAUAAAGGUUUUUCCAGUACUGAACUAUUCCCUUUCCAGGAUUUGAAUUAUAAUUUUAAAAUGAUUGGACAAGCAUUAAAUAAACAACAAAUUCCAAUUCUGAA